GGCAACCCCGGCUCUUCUCUCUAUAACAAAAGCAGAGUUUGACGAGUCUGACGAAAGGCGAUGUUUUGAUUGCAAUUGUUUGCAAUAUUUAUUUUAUGAGUGGAGGUCUCUUUAAUUUGUUUUGUGUUUUCUGAGCAAUUUUAAUCAAUAGAGAAUCAACUAUUGGAUAAAUAUUUUACUAACAUUGAAGGAUCUUGGAAAAAGAAUGAGUAAGGCAUUUGAGUUGAAAUUGCAUAGCCCUGCUGGUUCAGAUCCUGAUGUUUAUGAGUGGCCAUUGACUUAUGGACAGGGAGCUAGCAAGAACAGUGGUGCCGUAGAACUAGUAGAAACAAUAAGAUGGGUUUGCCAGGAGUUUCCUGAAAUUGUUUUGGCAAGCAAUAUCCUCAGCAGUUAUGAUACAAAUAGCUAUGAGAGUAUGAAGAGCUUAGUAGAUGAGUACAAUAACGCUAUUGACGCCUUUCUUCAACGUGCAGCACAUACGACACGUCCUAAUGAACGAUUUAGUACAACACAACGCCGUACUUCACGAAAUUUGCUACGUCAUAUUCUUCAACAAGUCUACGUUCACGCCGUAACAAAUCCCAGCAAACUCAAUCAGUAUGAGCCAUUUUCACCAGAGGUGUACGGCGAAACUUCUUACGAAUUAGUAUGCCAGAUUAUUGACCAGUUAAAUAUUACGGAAGAAGAUACUUUCCUUGAUCUCGGUUCAGGAGUAGGUCAGAUAGUUCUACAGGUGGCCGCUUCUACAUGUUGUAAAAUGGUCUGGGGUAUAGAGAGAUCUGAUUGGCCCAACCUCUUCGCGGAGAAAAUGGAUUUGCACUUUAAGCGAUUGAUGCGUUGGUGGGGGAAACCAUAUGGCGAAUAUCAACUCAUUAAUGGCGACUUUCUAGACCAGCGUCACAGCGAUAAGAUAAAUUCAGCAAGCGUUAUCUUUGUCAACAAUUUUGCUUUCGGUCCCAAUCUCGAUCACCAACUUAAAGAACGUUUUGCUGAACUACGAGAUGGCGUCCGCAUAAUUUCGUCAAAAGAAUUCUGCCCUAUAAACUCCAGACUAAGCGAACGCAAUUUAAGUAAUAUAGGUACAAUCAUGCAAGUUUCAAAGUUGUCGCCACCUCAGGGAUCAGUUUCUUGGACUGGGAAAUCUGUCUCUUACUACGUCCACACCAUUGAUCGAACUAAGUUGAAGGUAUACCUCGAGCCGCUUAAGGAAACUGAAAACACUGCAAUCGCAUCAACUAGCCACAACAAUAAGGAUGUUGACCGAACUUUAGAACCGUCAGAUUUGGUCGAUACAAGCCCACCAGUUAUAGAAAGUGGGGUAAAAUCUUCUGAAAGAAUUAGGACACGAAGAUCACUUAACGCAGAGAAAGGGAAUCCUGUUAAAAUUGGUGCAAUAUCUAAUUGUAAUCCAGCUGGCAAACCUGUUGGGCGAGUGGGAAAAAGAGAAGAUCCAGGCAUCAAGAAGAAAAAUUCGAUCCGUGAGUUGAAAUUGGUUAGCUCUCAAAGCACAAAUUCAUCUAAGGGUAAAAAACCCUCGCUUAAACAGCAGCAACGUUCCUGUGACAUUUCAUCGGUUGAUGAUUCUAUAAAAAAUCGGACUACCCGAACUACCGCUGUAAAUGACGCAACCGAAACCCCUACAUCCCUUCAGGUUUAUUUGGACACUAUCCGUAGUCAAAUGAUGGCGGCAGUGGCUAUGCUUAAGGAUGAAAACUAUCGAAGGAGUUUAAUGAAUGACAUCGAAUUCGAACGCAAACGAAAGAAUGAAAUGAGCUUGCAGGCUGCUGAAUUAGACGCAGAAAUUUCAUGUUUGAUGCAAACAGAGAAAAGGCUCCGACGGCAACAGGAAGUAAUGUACCGUAGUAUAAAAUUAAGCCGAGUUAAUGCGGAUGCUACAGACAUUUCAAUCGUGAAUCAAGAAUCCUUUCUAACAGAGAUUUCAUUGGCCAUUCAUUUGCGCAAGAGGCUAAGCUGCAAAAUCACCAAGGUAUCGUCAGAAGUCUCAACUCCGAAUCAAACUGCGAUCGACGCUGCACUACGGCCAUCUGCUUCCAACAGUUCAAGAUUGAAGACAAGUUUAUCUUCUCCAAUUCAACAGCAAGCAGUACCUUGCGUUAACGCACAAUCACGAAAUCUCCAAUCUGAGUCGCCCCAUCAGCCGAUUGGCCAGGAAACUUUUCCAGUUCCUUCAGUUCUUCUUGGUUAUGACUUGGAAGAUCGCUUAAAGAACCUCAUCAUUAGUGUAUUGAAAGACAACGCUAAUCUUGCUGUAAGGCAGAUUAGAUAUGAUCCGUUUUUUUCGAAUCCUCGUGUGAAACAUUAAUGUACGGCCCAUAGGCCGAGCGAUGAGCGCAUAGGAUUUUUUGCUCCGUCUCCCGUAAAACAUUUCAUUUUUUGACAUUUCAACCACAAACAAUCAUACAUCAACGUUUCCUCAUUAAGUAAGCCGUCACUAGUCAUCGUUGGAUACUUCCAAACCCGUGGUGGAAUCUUCUUUCUAAUAGAUAAUCUAUUAUUUCAAGUAAUUGGGUCACCAAUUUUUCAUUACCGUUUCAACAAAACGAGUCAUUCAAACGACGUUUGAGAAGAUUAUGAUUUUCAUUUUUGAGCGCAUAAAAUUUACGAACCAUAUUUUUAGCUGCACUAUUUUACUGAGUAUCAACUCCAUUUUCUAAUCAAUUUCGAGCACAAUGGCGAAAGGACAAUUGGGAGUGUACUGUUGUCCCUGGACUAUUUAUUUCUUUAAAAAUUACCAAUUGUGUGACUUGGUUAUCAAUCGUACAUGUAAAAUUAUGAAAUCAAAUAUAAUAAUGCUUCAUCAUUUCA